AUGGAUCUUAAGCCACCAGAGUUUGAUGCUUCACUAACUUCUAUUGAACCUCAGAAGUUCAUUGAUCGUUGUGAAAAGAUAUUGACUACGUUGGGGCUGAAGGAGACUCGUGGUGUGGAUUUUUCCACUUUCUUAUUCUCAGGGUCUGCAGAGUCUUGGUGGAUUGCGAUUCAGAGAGGUACACAAGCAGGGUUACCACCUAUUACUUGGUCAGAAUUCUUAGCACUGUUUAAGGACAGGUUUAUUCCAUUAAGCAAGCAAGAUGACAUGAGACGUCAGUUCAAUAAUCUGCGGCAGGGAACUAUGACCGUUACAGAAUAUGAGGCCAAGUUUACAGAUUUAUCCAGGUAUGUACUUUAUUUGGUAGAGGAUCCGAGAGAGAAGGUGAGACGAUUUGUGGAUGGACUUGAGCAUCGCUAUCGUGGUCCUGUGGUACGAGAUGUGCGAUAUGGUACCUAUUCAGAUGUAGUUGACACUGCUCUCCGUUACGAAUCCUAUCUAGAGAUGGACAAAGUUGAGCGUGAAAGCAAAAAAGCCACAAAUCACAGUGGUCGUUGCUUUGGGGCAGAUGGGGCUUGUUUUACUUGUGGUGAAAAGGGGCAUAUUGCUAAAUACUAUCCUAAAGGAAAUUCUGGUGCUAGUCAAGCUACUACACAGCCGCUGGGAACUACUACAGCUACACAGGGGUGCUACUCAGUUUUCAAAAAUCGACUUGAGAUCAGGUUAUCAUCAACUGAGAAUGAAGACUGA